UAUGGAGAAAGGUGGUGCUCCUUUCCUUUUGGGUAUCAUCUUCCUGACUCUGAUUGGAGUUCAAGGAUCCCCAAUAAUGAGGAGUCAACGCUGUUCCUGCAUCACCACCAAUGAAGGGGCAAUCCACUUAAAAUCUUUAAAGGACCUUAAACAGUUUGCCCCAAGCCCUUCUUGUGAGAAAACUGAAAUCAUUGCUACACUGAAGAAUGGGAAUCAAAGAUGUCUAAACCCAGAUUCAACAGAUGUGAAAGAACUGAUUCAAAAGUGGGGAAAACAGGUCAGCCAAAAGAAAAAGCAAAAGAAAGGGAUAAAACAUCAAAAAAGCAGGAAUGUUCUAAAAGUUAAAAGAUCUCAACGUCCACGUCAAAAGAAGACUACAUAAAUGACCACUUUACCAACAAGAUUUUGCGCUUAAAAUGUCCUUUUUAAUUAUACUGAAAUAAUUCCAAAAAGGGAUUGCGUCUUAAUCUAUAAGCUUGUUGAUCUGACUAGAAAAUUUAAAGCAUCAUUAUGAAAUUGUAAUUAAAGCUAGAAAGUUGCUUUUAAAGUCCAAAUGUUAAGAA